AUGUUCUUACCAGCCAUGAAUCUCCGUUUGGUGGUUUUAGGCUUAGGAUAUGGGCUUGUUGGUGCAUCAACCGCACCCAUAGGAGAGACAGUUCCACUGACAGGUCUUUCUUCCGGCAUCUCGGUUGGUUCACUUAUCGAAUCUAGCAUCAUCAAACUCCGCCUGAGCAAUGCCAAAUUCACGGGGAGGUUGGUCACCGUGACGCUAUUGCGCAAAAGACGUCGAGUGGCCUUCUCAGCUAAUGCUCUCAUUGUUUUCACGCCUGCGUACUCCUCAAAUGUUGGCGGAUCUAGUUCGAAUACCGGAUCGUACAUAAGCAUGGCUGACAAUGCUCCUGGAUUGACAAUUAUACGCUUGUCUGAGCGUAUCACUCCGGUAUCCUCCAGUCGAUCAAAAUGUGGAUGCUACGAGAUAUCAGGUACUUCGGAAAAACCCACAACAACAUAUCGACGCAAGAAAGGAAGAAAGCACUCAUCCAGCCGAGCGUGGAUCAUGUCUCCUCCAUUGGACUGUCGAGGUCAGGAAACGGAUCAAUUACCGCCUGAUCGACAAUCAGCAGAAGUACCUGAGCAACCAAUAUUUCGACUGUUCCUAUCUACGUUUGGACAACCUGACCAAAAGCACAUACCUACCUCGCUGUUAAAGAACAAGACGCGACCGUCGUACGUGCCCACGACUACCUUUGUGCCUUCGCACGCGAAAGUUGCACAUGUGAUUAUGGUUUUGGGCCCGAAAUUUCGUGAAACACCACUAGCUGCAGUGGAGGACGUUGUUACUUGA